CGGCCUUUGGGUUGAUCCCCCUCAACCCAUUUCCUCCCCCACGAACGAUGCAUUUCCCUCCGUUCGCAGCGACCGGUUUGAUGUUCUCUCUGACGAGGAGGUCCUGCAUCACUUGAUCAAACCCGACCAGCACACUGACCGAAUCAAGUCUAAUGCCGACGAGCUGGGCUUGGGAAUAUGGACUCGACGGCGCAGACCCAGUCGCAAGAACCCCUGGAACCUUCCACGGAGAAUUCGACGACACAUCAUGACGGUGGUUCCCGAUCCUGCUCCCCGAACAGACCUGCGACUUCCAGCGAUAGGGAUCGCAGCGUCAGCCCCGAAGGCCCACCACCGCCGUUACCUCCACGCCCCGGUACAUUGAGCCUGUUGGAUGAAGGGGCGGCCUCCUCUCGUUCGACACAGACAACCCUCCAAUCACGGGCUACCACAGCUGUAUCUUUGACAGACAUUGCUUCCCGGGAAGGUGGAAAGGAAAGCCAGGCGGGUCUCAGUCCCCUCGGGGCGCUGAAGGCCAAGGCAAGUCUUAGUCACUUGGCCAGUUCCCGGGGGAGUGAAACUGGCGACUCGGCCAGCAUAAAGAGCUCUAUCCCAUACGCGGAAACAAGUGAUGUUGAGAAUGUCUUCAGUGACUUUAUUGCGGCGGAACCUGGGGCUGGUCAGGAGAGUACAGGACUACUUCAGUUUCCAGAGUUCCAGGCCGAUAAUGUAGAAGACGAUUUCGCAAGUGAGUUUGAGAGGGUCGGAGAAGUGGGCGAUGAAGGAGAACACGAGGAAUUGGUUCUCGAGAAAUGGAAAGCUAAGAGGAAGCAUUACCUUAUCUUAUCCGCUGCUGGGAAGCCGAUUUGGACAAGGCAUGGCGACGGUGGGCUGAUAUCGACAUACGUUGGCGUCAUCCAAACCAUCAUCUCGUUUUAUGAAGAUUCCAAAGACCGGUUGAGCAGUUUUACGGCUGGUGAUACCAAAUUCGUGGUCGUAACCAAAGGACCAUUGUACCUGGUGGCAAUCAGCCGAUUUCUUGAAAGUGACACCCAACUGAAGCUUCAACUUGAAGCCUUGUAUAUGCAAAUCCUAUCCACUUUAACUCUCCCGUCUUUAACCCAUCUUUUCUCCGUCCGCCCAUCCACCGACUUAAAACGUCCGCUCCAAGGAUCCGAGACCCUGUUAGCAACUCUGGCAGACAGCUUUACCAAAGGCUCUCCCUCUACACUUCUUUCGGCACUUGAAUGUCUUAAGAUCCGCAAAUCUCACCGCCAAACAAUCAACAACACAUUGCUGAAGACCAAAGUUGCUGGUCUUCUCUACGGCCUGGUCGUCGCCGGAGGUCGACUAGUGAGCGUGGUACGACCCAAGAAACAUUCUCUGCAUCCUGGCGACCUGCAGCUUCUGUUCAACAUGAUUUUUGAAGCCGAAGCUGUCAAAGCAGGUGGUGGCGAGAGCUGGAUCCCGGUCUGCUUGCCCGGGUUCAACAGCAGCGGAUACCUGUACAUGUACGUCAGUUUUCUGGAUCUUCGAGAAGAUGCCGGCAACCUUGCGGACGACACCACGACCAAAGAAGAAUCGGUCGCUAUCAUCUUGAUAAGCAUGAACAAGGAAAGUUUCUUCGAAAUGCAAGAAAUGCGCAAUAACUUCGUCGAGCAAAUGGAAAAGAACGGCAGCAUCAAGAUCAUCAAGGAGGCCAUCGACAAAGGCCGACCAACCCCCACCGAUAUCAUCCCCGGAACGGUCCUGCAUCAUUUCUUGUACAAGUCGCGGGCGAACGUACAAUUUACCAUGUCAUCCUACCACCCUGAAUUCACAUCGGCUACACGCCGCCGCAGGCUACUUUCAACAUACAAUAAUCUCCACGCGAGCAUCCACACCAAACACUCUCAUGUCAAGGUCCACCAUUGCGUCUCUCAAUCAUCCAGCUCUUUUGCCUGGGUCACACCGGUAUUCGAACUCUACUGUGUGGCUGUUCCCAAUGCGAAUCGGAAUGCGCUUGCCCAGAGCGCAAGUAAAAUCGUUCAGUGGGUACAGCAGGAGGAGGAACGGUUAUUUAUUAUUGGUGGGGCGGUCUUUUAAAUAGCAACCGCUCUAUUUGUUCCCGCUUUACGGAGUCAUGAUUUGCCUUACUAAUGUUGAUAUUCAUGGAUUUACUCAAUUGGAGAUGGGUUAUACUAAAUACGCUAUUUAGAAAUAGACUGAUACCAUCUCUGCUUCAUGUAUUGGCAGUCCCGGGG